GCACCCACUGGGCGGAGGUCGGCCGGUGCUGCAUGCAAGAUCUCAUAAUUGGAGGCAACCAGAUCUAUGGCUUCCAUGACAAGGAGAACAGGAUCUACAAGCAGAAGCUGGACCACAUGUCUGUGGAGACCAAUUGGACGGUGGCAUCGGCACCAGCCGUCAAAUCUGGAGCCAUCGCCGGGGACGUCGUCUAUGCCAUUGGUGCCGAUCAGUUUUUGCAUAAGCAGAGACUCAGCACAAUGACCUCGGACAGCCCCUGGCAGAAGGCCAACGCAGAGCGACAGCUGGGCUCGAUCGCCAUCUAUGACGGCAUGAUUUACGCCACAGGCACGGACAAGAAGGUGUACAAGCAGCUGCUCAUUGAGAUGGAUUUUCAAACAACCUGGUUGCCCGUUGAAAGAGCGAACCCAGCAAACGGUUGGUUGGACUUGGCUGUCGUGAACGGCUACAUGUAUGCGGUUGGGCCCCGCCACACUGUCUCCCGACAGCGCCUCGCAACCAUGGGCCCUGGCGGCUGGUCCGAGAUCUCCCAAGGUGAAGUCAAAGCCAUUGCAACUCCAGCUCAGCAGGUCUGUCCGCGUCCUGACGGAUGGUGCCAACAGCCUGCCCGGCUUACAGAUUCCACGGACUGCGAUGCUGAUGGGGUCGCCGACCUGGUCUGUGAGGAUGGUCCGAGACGCAGGAUCAUCCACAGCCUCGACUGCGCCGAUGAGACGUACAACAAUGGGCAUGCUCCAAAUUGCAGUCAAAUGCGGACGUUGUUCUUGGUCCGGAGGAUCAACCAGUGGCUCUCAUUUCCUAGCUCAAGAGCUGGGAAGAAGUGCUCCUUUUGGGGCGCAGCGCUCGUCAAGGGCACGAAGGAUAAGUGCAGCUGUGCGCGCGGUACAUUGAGCAGGAUUUGCAUGUACCGCGGCGAACAUGACAGCAAUUCAAAGUGGAACCCACGCAAAAUCCUUCAGCGUGAUCCGUAUAGUCGUAUCUGGAGCCGUGAUUGCCGCUGCGUUGGCGGUGAUGAGAAUGUUCGACUAAGAAGCAACGGCAUCCCAGGAGAGCCUCUCGGGAUCGCAGCAGUCGAAUUCUGCUCGCAACUUUUUGAAGAUGCAGCCAAAAACCAUCCCCUUCCAAGGGAUCCGAUGAAGUGGAACCGCCAGAAGGCAAGGCAAGCAGCCUCAGGCAUAGCGGAUGAGCUUGCCGGUUUUGAGAAUGUGUCCCUUUGUGAGCACAAUCUGACGGAUGAGGCGAAGCUGAAGGAGAUGCUGGGCAACGCAACUGCUCGCUCAUUCGUGCGCGUUUGCCAAGAGGAGUGUCAGGAGCUGGUGGAGACAAUCCACAACCAGACUUCGUACAUCGCCAAGCUAGGCAGCGCCAGAAUGGCGUCAUACACCGACUUGUGCUCCUUGGCUGUCGUUAAGGACGUGGAGUCCCAUUUGUUCGGUUGCUGCGCCAAAACAUGCGGCUGGAACAAGAAGGUCUGCACACUCUGGCCCUUCAUGCCGAAGCAGGACCGCGUUGACUGGACGGAAGAGUGCUGCGCCGAGCAGCACAUCCUCAUCGGGUCGGAGCGGGAGGCAAUGUGCCAGAGCACCUUACUACCAAAGCUGCGGGCGCAAGUGCAGAAGCGCGACCUCCUUCCUCCGGACAUGGGUCUUGCUGACUUCUUGGGAGAGGACGAGCGGUUUGAGUGGACUAAGACCGGCGCCAAGUCGGAGCUUGGGAAGGUGGCUUGGGCCGAGGCCGGUGACCCAGUGAACGACUUGUGGCUGCGAGUGCAGCCCCUCACAGUGCAAGAGGGCCAGGAGCUGGGCUACUGGAAAGUCGUGCCAACUCCAACGUCACUGUUUCAAGCACGUGGCCCCGAGCAUGAGAAGGACUGCAUGAAAAUACACCAGCAGAUCACUGCCUGCACCCAGGAUACGAAGGGGCAUUACAUGAAGAACUGCGAGAGAGCCCACGGCUGGAAAGUACGGGUCGACAAGUCGAACAAGUUCGCCCGCUUUUCUGCCGAAAUUAAGAAUGUGACAGAUAUUGCACAUUGCGCUAGCCGCAAUGCACCGGUCGCCUUCCAAUGGAAGGGGAAGGGGGACCAGGAGCAGAUUUCUUGCUUCGAGUUGAAGAACUUGGAGGAUGGAACGGUUAAGACUUGGCUGGAGAAGCUCAAGCCACUCGCGGAACUCAAUCUAAAAGUUCUCUUCUCGGACACCGCUGUCUACGUGAGGCAUAGCUGA